UCUUCUCAUGGCCAGCAACUGAAUUUUAGGGUAUCCCCUUGGUCAAGAUGGGGUCCAUUCAGUCAGCUGGUGAGGAGAAUUUAAGAUUUUUACUUUACACCUUAGUGCAGUAUGUAGUGACUGAUCUUGAUACUCCAGAGGAUAGUCUUCCAGCCAUGGAGAUUAUUUUACCCCAAUAACAGAGGUUCCAAGCAAAGUAGAAUUACUUCUGAGGCCCUGGGUCUUGAAUGCAUAGGAAUAAACCUUCUGGACAUGAAGACAGAGGGAGAUGUUCCAGGGAGCAAGAAUCAUUCUAGAGCUAGGCAAAACUAACCUCACAAUCUCUCUAGAGCUUCAGAGCAGAGUCAGAUGAUUUACACAAGGAGGUAGAUUAUGUAUUGCUGAAAAGUCUGUGUUCAUCCGAAACAGUGAGUACUGAGAAAGUCAUAGCAAUAACAGGACAAGGAAGGGAAACUGAUCAUGGAUUAUCUCAUCAUUGAAGUUGGGGAAGCCAUGACUACUGAGGAUGCUUCUCUUCUCCAAAAGCAGAGCACAGAAGAAAUGGAACCUACUGUUGAGCUCCUUCCUGUUGAAUUCCAGGAAUUGAUGACAGUCAAAGAUGAGGAAAUGGACUUUACUCAUGUGGAGGUGGAACAGCUGAAUACUGCCCAUGGGCAUGAUAUGUACAUGGACAUGGAUAUGAAGGUGGAGAAUUGUGGGAGCCUGGUAUUUUGGGAUUCUGAAUGUAUUCCUGAAACUAAAGAGUUCUUUUCAAAGCAGGAAGUUUAUGAAGAAGUAUCAUCUGAAAGGGAGCUGAUAAUAGAAAGACUUAAGAAGGAUGAUUGCUGGGGCUCCAGGUUGAUAGAAUCUUGGGAAAGUGAAGGCAUGUUAGAAAGGCAGCAAGAAAAUCAGAAGAAUGAUUUAAGGCAAGUUGUAAUUAAGCACAAUAAAAACCCUAUGGAGCAGUAUAAUGAAAUUGGGGAAAGUUCAAACCCAAUUAAAUAUUCAAAAGUUUACCCAGUGAAAAAGCCAUGGGAGUGCAGUGCAUGUGGAAAGUCCUUCAGUUACUACUCAGCCUUUAUCCUACAUCAGAGAAUUCAUACUGGAGAGAAGCCCUAUGUAUGUAAUGAAUGUGGAAAGGCCUUUAGUCGUAGCUCAUCCCUCAUUCAGCAUCAGAGAAUUCACACUGGAGAGAAACCUUAUGAAUGUAAUGAAUGUAGGAAAGCUUUCAGUCACCGUUCAGCCCUUAUUCAACAUCAUAUCAUUCACACUGGAGAAAAGCCCUAUGAGUGCAAUGAAUGUGGGAAGGCCUUCAACCAAAGCACAUACCUGAUUCAGCAUCACAGAAUACACACUGGAGAGAAACCCUACAAAUGCAAGGAAUGUGGGAAAGCUUUCAAUGACACCUCAUCUCUCAUUAAACAUCAGAGGGUUCAUACUGGAGAAAAACCCUAUGGAUGUAAAGAGUGUGGGAAAGCCUUUAGUGACCGGUCAGGACUUACUCAACAUCAGAGAACUCAUACAGGGGAAAAGCCUUAUGAAUGUAGUGAAUGUGGGAAAGCUUUCAGUUACUGUUCAGCUCUUAUUCAACAUCAAGGAACCCAUACUGGGGAGAAACCUUACAAAUGUAACGAAUGUGGGAAAGCCUUCAGUGACCGCUCGGCUCUUGUGAGACAUCAGAGAAUACAUACUGGAGAAAGACCUUACAAAUGUAAAGAAUGUGAAAAAGCCUUCAGCCAGAGCUCAUCCCUUACAAAGCAUCUGAGAACUCAUACCGGAGAGAAACCCUAUAAAUGCCCUGAUUGUGACAAAGCCUUCAGCCAGAGUUCAUCACUUAUUCAACAUCAGAAAAUUCAUAGAGGAGAAAAAUCAUACAAGUGUAAGAAAUGUGAACUGAUCUACCUGAUACCAACUCCUGCUCUGAUUCUGACUGACCCUUGAUAAAUGUGCCCCUUUAAGGUUUCUCAACCACUUCUAUGAACCAGGGUCAUGCAUUGUGCUUGCUACCCAUGGCCUAAUGAUGGCAAACAUUAACCAUGAGAAACAAGGGUAGAAGAGGACCUACAAACCAGAAAUCAUGAGUGAAAGUGAUUGGAAGGAACUUUCAAAGAGUUAAAUUUUGACUCCAGCUGUAUAGUUUGUAUCAUAGAAUUCCCUGAAAUUAUAAUAAAAUUUAGUUGUGUAUGUGAAUUAACACAGAACUUCAAGGGAUGUAGGUGGGAGGGAGGGUAAGUCAAGAAAAAAAGAGUGAAAGGUCAACACCUUUUUUUUUUUUUUUUUGGUAAUAAUUUGCAGGAAUGAACAAAAUCUUACUUCAGAGCUAUUUAGUCAUGUAUCUGCUAUGUUAGGCACUGGAGAUUGGAGACAUUUCUUUAUUACAUGGCUUCUACAUUCAGGGAACUUGAAAUUGGUUUCAUUGAAAGCCUAUCAGUCAUAUCCCAGUGUCAAAGAAUAUGCUGAACAGAGCCCUCCUGGCCCAGCUCUCUGUCUUCUGUGGCCUCUGUGUAGUAUGUUUACCAACUAUUUCUAAACAAAAUUCCUUUUUUCAAUAAAAUUCCUUAUGUUCUCUCAUCAUUCCAUAACAAUUCCUAGGACCAGCUUUUCUACACAGUACCAAAUCCAGGAGUCCAUAGAUCUUAUUAAUAAAUCAUGACUAUGCCAUAACCUAUAUAAGCAUCUGACACUGUCACAUUAGGUGAUGAAUGGAGGGAUACAUGUUGAAGGAGAAAGAUGAGAUGCAGUACAGUGUAGAAAAUCUAUAUGAUGAGCAUAUUAAAGGAGAAUUAUUUUAAUUGACAAAGUUCCUAUUGGGUAGAACUCCCUAGGUAGAUGUAGAGGGUAACCCUAGAAUUCUGCCCCUCAAGCCCAUGGGGUCAUUUAUCUGUCUCAGAUCAGUUAAUCAUAUUUGUCUUUAUAUUUUCCCUUAAAUCCUCAAGUAUUCAGUUUUAUACAAACAUUUGCUGGGGAGGUUUCCUCCCUCCAGCUGGCUUUAGAAUAGAAUGAUACCAGCCUAAAUUCUUUACCCAUUUUAUUAACUGUUUCCCAGAAUAAUCUUACCGGCCCUUUCUGAGUUUUAUGGUGGAUUACAAUGGGAAAACAUGAGGUGUGUUUGUUUGUUUUAAUAGCAUCAUGAGGAAAUUUCAAAAGAUCUGGGCCUAUAGUUACUAAAUUAUUUUCUCUAAUGGUAUGUGUUAAUAUCUCAUACAGUUAUGAAUUUCAUGGGUUUCCCAUGAUAAAGUCAAAAGUAAAUACAGUUUGAUUCCACAACUUAGGCUGAUGGGAUUCUCAGAUUCUGAGAGAAGAGCAAAAGAUGAAGCAAAAUUGAUUGUCUGCUUUCUUGGUCCAUUUUCUGCUAUUAUAACAGAAUUCCACAGAUGGGGUAAUUUAUAAAGAGCUGAAGUUUAUUUGGCUCAUGGUUCUAGAGGCUGGGAAGUCCAAGAACAUGGUAUUGGCAUCUGGAGAGUCAUCCCAUGGUGUAAGGCAGAAUGGCAAGUGAGCAGGUAAGCCAGAGACAGAAAUGGAGCCAGACUUAUCCUUUUAUUCAGAUUCCAAUCCUAUGAUAAGUAACCACUCCCACAAUAAUUGCAUUAAUUCCUUCAUGAAGGCAGAGCCCCCAUUGGCGUGGUUACUUCUUAAAGUCUCCACCUCUUAAUGCUGUUACAAUGGCAACUCCUAUUGCUAUAACAACUUAAUUGGCAUGAACUUUUGGGGGGACACAUUCAAACUACAGCAUCUGCUAUAUGCUGUGCAUUGCCUUAGGAACUCUAGAAAUUUUAACUGCCUUUCUAUCCUCAUUUAAUACUUAAAUUUAUGAGAAGAUUAAUGUUUUGUAAAAGGGGAAGUCAAGGCUCACAAAUGCUAUGUAAUUUGCCUAAGGUCGCACAGCUAGUAAAUGACAGCAUGAGGAUUUGCACCCAAAUCUGAUUCUUGACGCUACCUUUGCAAGGUGGAUUUUCUGGGUUUCUGUGAGUACAGAGCACAGGACUACCCCUAUCCCAUCCUCCACUUGUGCUCAUUCCUCCAGUCCUGGUAGCUUCAGACUCUCCACCUUUCCUGGCAAUCUUAGUUCUGCUGUCGGGUAAUCUGACCUCCUCUACUGGCUGAGCUCUGCCUUCUGUGGCUUCCUUGUAGUGGGUUCACCAAGUAUUUCUGAAUGAAAUGCUCUUUGCUAAUAAAGCUUCAUAUGUUUUCUCUUAAUUCCAUAACAAUUCCUGGGCCCAGCCUUACUACAUACUAUGUGAUGUACUCCAGAGGUGAAUCUUGGCAGGGCUUGUGGUUUAGAACACUGGAUUUUGCCAGAUACUUGAGCCAAUGUCUGGAAGCUUUCUCAUUCUUUCUGUAUGUCAGGGGUAAGGUUUCAGUUCCUCUUUUGAGAGGAUGUUCAUCAUCUCUGAAGAAUGUCUUACAGAUGUCAGUGCUUGAGUGCUGGCAGAAGAGGAAAUGGAAAACUGGGACUUAGGACCCAUGAGAGCCCAUGUUUUACAAAGAUAUUGAAAGCUUUUGAUUAGUACCAUGAGAAUUCUUUAUUUGAGAUGACAAAUGGAAAUGUAACUCCAGCAAGAAAUCAUGCAAAUAUUAACACUGAAGUGGAAAUUGAAAGUUUAAACCAAGAGUAGUUUAUACAGGGUGGAGCAAGUGAGAUGUCAUAGUCAGUGCCAUAGUACAAUGGAUUGUAGUCCUCACUGUCUUUUAAGUGAUGUAUAUGCCCAAUAGAAGAUAAACACCAUAGUUUGAGACAGAAAGGCCUUUAUUCUACAUAUAGGCACACAAGCAAGUUGGAAGGAUACAAACAGAUGAAUAUAAUGUAGCUUGUAUCCAUAACAUUACAGAGGCUAUGGGAAUCCUGAGGCACUUGGUACUAAGGGAUAAGGGCACAAAGGUUGUAAUUCCAGCCACUAAGAAACUGGAUCUGGGACAUAGGAUAAUAAGAAUAGCCAUAAUAUGGUAGUAGCUGAUUAUGUACCAAGUACUGUUGUAAGCAGUUUACAGGUACAGACUCAGUCAUACAAAAAUCUUAUGAGGUAGAUACUGCUGUUACCUACCUUUUACAGACAAGGAAAUUGAGAUCAGUAGAGGUAGAAAUCUGCCACCUGGUCUGAGUUCCAAGGGAACAUACAAGGGGAAAAAUCUAGUUGCUGGAGAUUGCAUACCAAGAGAUUACAAACUUGCUUUAUGUGAAUGUAAUCUAAAAACAGGUUGUUCAUAGAGUGACUGGGACUUAUCAAUAGUGUAUAAACAAAGCUACAAUGAGCAAGAAACAACUAAUGUAGAUUCCUUACAUUUUCCUUUCAGCUGUUCCUUUUGUGCAAGGUCAGGAAUAUUGUAGUUGUUGUGUUGUUGGCGGUAGUUGUUUUCUGUUUGUGUGUGUAUUGGGAGGGGUUGGGGGUGAGAUUGUGUUGAAUAAGCACAUCUAUCAAAAUUAAGACAGCAUAGCUAUAGAUAUGUAUGUAUUUAGCAACUUUGAUCUGUUAUUGUAUCUGCUUUUGAUAUCUUUGCCAUUUGCCACUCAAGUAAAUCUUUAUCUGACCAACUGUAGUGACCAUUAUUACUAGUCAUCCCUGAUCUUAUAUUCAAGCAUACAAAUAUGACUGCUCUGAGAACUCUUUGGAGUCACACAAUGAAGAAUAGGCUGAAACAUGGAUCUUAGUCCUCUUGGCAUAGCAAAGAAGGGCACUAAAUUGUAGCCACAUAACCAUACUUCUGAUUAGGUUCCAAAGAGCCCCAGGGGAAGGGCGCAUGUUAGGGCUUUCCCUAUAUUUCUUCAUGGGAAAGGAGCUACUCUUGGCCAGUGGGGGAGAAGUGCAGUACCAGAUAUGACAAUAGGUCAUAUGGUCACAGAACCUAAGAUGAGGUCUUAGAGGAUUUAUAUUUCAACCCACUAUGCAUUAAUAGAAUACCUUUAACAAAAAACAACAUAAUAGCCUCUACUUGCAUCUUCUAGCCAAAUACUUCUAGAAGUAUUGCUUUACUUCUAGCCCAUGCCUUUACCUGCUUUACCAAGGAGAUCAUUAAAUUUCUGGACAGUUCUAAUGGAAAAUUCUCCCUAUUAUUGAAUGUAUAAUAUAACUUUCUCCCUGUAAAGUCCACCUAUUGUUCUUGGUUCUGCCCUCGGGCAUCAAACAGUAGAAAUAAUCCUUCUACAAGAGAAAUCUUUAAAUAUUUGUAGACAGCUAUCUUGUUUCUCCUAAAUCUCUCCUAGGAUAAAUCUCUAGUUACAUUAACUAAUAUUGUGUAAUUCUUUGUGAAAGGCAAUUAUUAAGUUAUAAUUCAUAAAGAGAUUAGGUUAAUAGAUUAAUCAUAUCUAUUGCUAUUUUAACCAGACAAUUUACUUCUACUUUUGGUUAUCACCAUCCUUUAAUUCACUACUAAGGAGUUUGUCAUUGUUCCUUUUUUUUUUGAGACAGAGUCUCGCUCUGCCGCCCUGCCCUGGCAGAGUACAGU